CCCGCAUUAGCAGAUUCACAAUGACAGUUGUAACCAUAAAACAUGUUACGUUUGGCAAGUUCUUGACACUGACAGUUCCUCUCCACGGAAGCGUUUUUGAAGAGAAGCGUGUUUGUCUGCGUAAGCGUCUGCCCGGUCAGCCCCACCUAUUUACAUUCUGAUCGAGUGAAAACCGUUAUACGCCGCUCCCCCGUCAUUUCUUAAAAUAGUUUUGUAACCUCAUAUACAUUUUGCCGCUCAGUCAGUUCCUCAGAAUUUGCUGUAGUCUCGGCGCGAACCGGCGUAGCUCUUGCUAAAACUCUUAUCUCUAACCGGUGUUCGUGUAUUGUGUUCGGUUUCGUUUCUACGGGACUACCGCGAAAUGGCAUCUAAAACCAAGAAAAGUUCCACUCCGGCGGGUUCCCAUCAGAGGCCCGCCAGCCCUCUGAGUCCCACGCGGCACUCCAGAUUGCAAGAAAAACAGGAUUUACAGAACCUCAAUGACCGGCUUGCAUGCUAUAUCGACAAAGUGCGCUAUCUGGAAGCCGAAAACAACAAACUUACCAGGGAAAUCCAGAGCACACAAGAAACUGUGACUAGGGAAGUAUCCAACAUCAAAGCUAUGUACGAUCAUGAGCUUUCAGAUGCUAGAAAGUUGCUAGAUGAGACUCAUCGCGAGAAAGCGCGUUUAGAGAUCGACGUUAAGCGUCUUCUUGAUGAGAACGACGAGCUGAAAAAUGAGCUAGCCAAGAAAAGCAAAGAUUUGGUUCUGGCUGAAAACUCCGCCAGGAUAUACGAGACAAGAUGUAAUGAGUUGCAACUGAAAGCAAACCAAGCUACCGCUGAUGCUAAAAAAGCACAAGCAGAUCUCAGGGAGCUCGAGAAAGAAAGAGACAAGCUGAAGAAGCUGCUUGAUGAACAUCGUAAACAGUUGGAGGAGGAGUCUUUGGCUAGGGUCGAAGUUGAGAACUCUAACCAGAGUCUCAGAGAAGAGCUGUCCUUCAAAGACCAGAUUUACCAGCAGCAGUUGACCGAAACCCGUACAAGAAGACAGGUAGAAAUCAGCGAGAUUGAUGGUCGUCUAGCGGAGAAGUAUGAAGCUAAGUUACAGGAAGCUCUGCAGGAGCUUAGGGAUCAAUAUGAAGCUCAGAUGGCCAAUAAUCGGCAGGAAAUAGAGAUGCUCUAUGAGCAGAAGAUAAAGAGUUUGCAAAACGCUAAUGAUAGACAUCAAGUAUCUGCCGGCAAUGCUUUGGAUGAGUUGAGACAGGUCAGAACAAGGAUUGAUUCACUAAAUACCAGAAUAUCUGAACUCGAAAAUCAAAAUGCUGGUUUGGCAGCAAGAGCCAGAGAUCUUGAAAAAUUAUUGGAGGGCGAACGUAUUCGUUACGCAGAGGACCUAGCCUCCCUUGAACGAGAACUGCAGAGACUCCGGGAUGAGAUGGCCAACCAGCUGCAAGAGUACCAAGACCUCAUGGACAUCAAAGUGUCUCUGGAUCUGGAAAUUGCUGCUUACCGCAAACUGUUGGAGUCGGAGGAAGACCGCUUGGGGCUCUCUCAGAGUAAGUCGAAAGUCAGACGUGUUGCAGAAAAGGAGAUGACACAACAUGUCACCAGAGGAUCUUCUCAACGCAGGACACCGGUGCGUGCGGGUACCAAGAGAAGGCGCCUAUUGGAGGAGAGCACCGAAUCCAGCUUGUCGGAUUUCAGUGUCAACAGCUCCUCCAAGGGCGAUAUUGAAAUUGUUGAAGUUGACCCCGAGGGACAAUUCGUCAAGCUGCAUAACAAGAGUAACCAAGAGGUCGCUUUGGGAGGUUGGCAAGUAGUCAGAAAAUCUGGUGAGAACGAGACCCAAUUCAAGUUUCACCGGUCUUUGAAGUUGGAAGGAAACGGUUAUGUGACCAUCUGGAGUGCGGAUCUUAACAAGGAUCACGAGCCACCAAACAACCUGGUUAUGAAGAGCCAGAAGUGGGUUAUCGGUGACAACAUGACCACUCUGGUAUUGAACACCAGCGGAGAUGAAGUUGCCAUCCAUGAAAGGGUAAAGAGGCAGCUGUCAAGCACGAUGCUGAGACACCGGGAGAUGGCUGGCGGCUACCUAUCAUCAGAAGAACUGCACCAUCAACAAGGAGAUCCCCAGGGUGACGAAAAGUGUAGAUUGAUGUGAAUCAACACAUUAUUACUUAACAAAAAAUUCUUCGUAGGUUUAAGUGUCUAUGUUAAACCAUAACAGACUGAGUUCGGUUGGUUAGAACGCCAUUUAUGCAAUGUGCAUUUCUAUAGUUUUUUGUACAAAUCCGCUGUUACAGUGGAAAUGUCGUGUUCUUGUAUUGAUGACAAAAACCUUCUAAGUAUUGACAUUCUGCAAAUUAUCGAAGAAUGUCGUCGGUUCAAACGAUUAAUCUGUGUGGUUGGUAGUUUGAAUUGAAACAAGUUUAUUUAACUUUAAAUCAGGUACAAAAAUGAUCAUUAAGAAACAGUGUGAACCACGCGUCGAGUUGAGGUUAGGAAAGCUUUAAACUAUAAAGUGAUAAAUGAAUUUUUAUUUCCUUUUGUCAAGUUAUAUACGAUUUUUGAUUUCCCAUAUCAUGUUCAUAUCAUAAAAAAGCCUUAUUGCAUUUAUGUAACUAAGGUUUCAUGAUACGUAUGUUUUUUGAUUUUAGUAGGCACAAACCUACAAACUGUGGUGAAGGAUUUUUAUUUCUGGAAUUCUUUGAAAACAUUCAUGAACAUAUUCAAAAUAUAUUAUCUUCUAAUAAAUUUGUAUAGGAAGCUUGUACGUAUUCCAAAACUUCAUUAUAUAUGCUGCAAACUAAAAUUUAGCAAUAUAUUGCCACCAUUGUUGUAAUUGCUCUAUAAAAAACUGUCCUAAUCUGAACUUUACUAAAAUCGUUUACAUUUGAGAACAGCUCAGUAAAUACCCGUGUUAAAAUUGAAACCAUUUUUCAAAAAAAAAACAAAGUCCCUUUUUAGAAAGGUACACUUUUCCCAACGUUCCUGCCGUUAUUUAACCCCUCAAAAAAAUAGGAUUUGUCGGACUCUCCAAAAUAUGCCUCUGUCUCGGCGAUGUCUUCCUCGUUUUUUUUUCCGCGAGCCAUUUCUUCAUGUUAGGGAACAAGAAAAAGUCCCAGGGGACAGAUCGGGUGAAUACGGCAGCACUUCAUAACGCAAUUGAUGCAGUCUGGCGGAGGCAACUCCGGAUGAAUGUGCUGGUGCGUCAUCGUGGUGAAACAGCACCUUCUUUUUCGCCAAAUGUGGCCGUGUCUCCUUCAAUUCUUUGUCGAAGAGGUCCAAUAACUCACUGUAAUAUUAUCCAGUGAUCGUUCUUCCUUUUUCAAAAAAAAAUCCAUGAGUUUGACGGCGUUCGCAUCGCAAAAAGUCGUCGGCGAUUAUAUCCUCGCAUUUUUCCCCAUCCAAAAACAAAAAGCGAAGUACCGAACGAUACUGCUCUUUUUCCAUCUUAGCGAAAAGCACGAAACACUCUUACUCGAAUGGCUGCCAAAUCCAAACUAACCUAUUAAUCAGUCUGAAAUUUGUGGUGCCGUUGUUUAAUAGACGGCAGCACACGAUGAUAACACCAACUUCCCCCAGGAACGCCCUUUGUCGUUAAACACGGGUACUUAUUGAACAAGCCUCGUAUACCCAGAGUUUUUAUUCAUUGGACGUUCAUAAAAAAAUCAGCAUAUGACAGUUUUAUCUGUAGAUUUGCGUAAGUUUCCAUUCUAUCAUUUCCCUCUUAUAUUGAAACAUUUUUUCUGUUUUAGUAUAGUGCAGUAGAAACACUAAGGUAUUUUGUACCUGAUUUUUUGUUGUUACAUUGGUGCAAGUUUUUUGUCAUUAUCGAUAUUUUGUUAAAACCCAAUCUCUGAAAUAACAUGGGGAACAGAACCACGUCAUUGUUUAUAAAGACUUUUAUAUAUUUUUAUUUUAUAUAAGUAUUCAGCUACAGUAUAUAUAAUAAGUUGUGUAUAAUUUAUCGGUGGAGCAUUUACAGAACCUCGACUCUUUUUCCUUCACCUUUAUUGCCUUUAUAAGAAAUCGAUUUAAUUUUUGUAGAGAAGUAUUUUCUGAGCUUUUGUAUUUUUUGUGUUCAAAUAAAUAUCAUUACAUUUGGUCGGUAUGUUUUUAUUGUGCCUUACCACUACGUUAAAAAAUAUAACCUGCAUAUUAGGAUUAGGUGCUAGAAUUUAUGACACUGUCCUUUUCUUUUUCACGAGCAU